AAUUGAAGCAUGACCAGCGGCGAUAGGAAGACUCAGAUGGAAGCCAAUCACAUCACUUUCCGUUAUCCCCUUGUUCCUUUUGGGCAGGUUGAUGCGCUCGGCAGAACAAGACAGCCUCGUCGCUCAUGAUAUAAAACCCCAAUCCCGAAGGACUUUGACUUUUACUUAUCUCUCAUCUACCCUCUUGUACACCCAGGAGAACCGCCUCACUUCCUUUCCAUUAUCCAUUCAUCAUGGCUGUCGACUCCUUGUCCAUUCCGGGCUACCAUAUUUAUCGUGAAGACGAAGCCCAAUCAGCCUCUUCACUCGACUACUCACAAUAUAAUCCACAUCCGUUAGAUCAACUGUCGAUAAAGGAAAUUCCUGCCACUGCGAAGCUCAUCCGAGAAUUCGCAUGGCCCAAAAAGGUCAAAUUCAACUGCAUAACUCUUCGCGAACCCAAGAAGAAUGAAUAUGCCGCCUUCCGAUCGAGAAAAGGACCACGACCGGAGCGACGUGCUUUUGCCAUCGUCAUUGAGCAAGGCUCUUGCAAUGUCGCCGAAGUCGUUGUCAACCUAAGCAAAUCCAAAGUCGAGGACUGGAAACCGGUCAACGAUGUCAUGCCCACUUUGACCCUCGAGGAUCUCGACAUUGUGGAACGCCUUGCUCGAGAGGACUCUCGAGUCAUCGAGGCAUGCCGUGGCCUUGGAAUCACAGAUAUGUCCAAAGUGUUUUUCGACGCUUGGGCCAUCGGUGUUGAGGAACGAUAUGGGUUCGAGCGCCGUCUCCAAUCAGGACUGGCUUACUACCGCAAUUCUUCAUUGGAUAAUCAGUAUGCCCAUCCUCUGGACUUCUCGGUCGUGGUGGACACCGAGCGGCAGGAAAUCCUGAAUGUGGAUGUCCGCCUUGUCAAUGGCGAGCGAACACCAAUCCCACUCGAAGAACACAACUACCUCCCAGACUUCAUCCAGAAAGGAUACCGGCCCGAUGUCCUCAAACCCAUCAACAUCACUCAACCUCAGGGAGUGUCUUUCCGAAUGAGGGGCAAUGAGUUGACCUGGGCCGGCUACAAGAUGCACAUUGGUUUCAACUAUCGGGAGGGUAUUGUCCUUUCAGACGUCAGCAUAUUCGACCACCAAGAACAGCGAGACCGCGCAUUGUUUAACCGUAUCAGUGUCGUGGAAAUGGUCGUCCCCUAUGGCUCUCCCGAGAAGCCCCACCACAAGAAACACGCCUUCGAUGUGGGCGAGUACGGCACAGGUCUUAUGACAAACUCGCUCAAGUUGGGGUGUGAUUGCAAGGGUGCCAUUCACUACCUCGACGGCAUUGUGAACACUGGCAAGGGUGAAGCGGCGGUAAUCAAGAACGCGAUAUGCAUCCACGAAGAAGACAAUGGUCUCUUGUACAAGCACACCGACUUCCGAGAUGGCAACGUCAUCUCCGCUCGAGACCGCAAAUUGAUCGUCUCUCAAAUCAUCACGGCGGCGAAUUACGAGUACGGCUUCUACCACACCUUCACGCUCGACGGCACAUACAAGCUCGAGGUCAAGCUGACAGGUAUGCUCAAUACCUACUGCAUGCACUCGACAGAGCAGGCAGCACCGUGGGGUACCGAAGUUGCUCCUAAACUCAACGCCCAAAAUCACCAGCACAUCUUUUCGUUACGUGUAGAUCCGGAAAUCGAUGGACCCACCAACUCCAUCGUACAAAGCGACGCAGUGCCCUCCGAAGAUCCCGUCGGUUCCGAAGGUAACUUCUACGGCAAUGGCUUCUACUGCAAGAAGACACCCUUGCGGACUGCCCAAGAGGCAGCCGUCAAUUACUGCCACGAAACAAGCCGGGCUUGGGACAUUACCAACCCGAGCAAGCUCAAUGCGUCUUCCAAGAAACCAGUCUCUUACAAGAUCAUCAACAACAACUGUCCUGCUCUCCUUGCAAAGCCAGGCAGUGUAGUCUACAAGCGCGCUGCCUUCGCCCGCAAGACAUUGUGGGUCGUGCCCUACCGAGAUUACGAGCUCUUCCCGGCUGGUGACUACGUCUGCCAGUCUGACGGACGAGACAAUCAUCCUCACAACCAGACUGUCACGGACUGGGUGGCCAGAAACGAGUCCAUCGAUAACACCGACAUCGUCUGCUACGUACAAUUCGGUCUAACGCACUUCCCUCGAACUGAAGAUUUCCCUGUGAUGCCGGCAGAACCUGUCAGUGUGAUGCUCCGGGCUUCGAAUUUCUUCACGAAGAAUCCUGGCUUGUGGGUUGCUCCGUCAAAACUGUGCGUUGAUACAGUAUCUCAAAACGCGUUUGACGCUUCUUGUUGUGCGGCGAAGAAUCAAGUCAAGCUUUGAGCCGACAAAGGUUCUGCGGGCUCUGAAGGAGU